AUGUUGAAGAAAACGCAACCCACACCCACAACUAGUACGUCAACAACUUCGACAACAUCAACUACAUCAACAUCAUCUACGUCAACGACUCCAACACCUACGUGUGUUCCAACUUCUGUUGGCUCUGUAAGUACUCUUUUUACGACAUCAUCUGGUAGCAUCACUUCGUACACGUGUUUCGCAUAUGAAUGGGCGUCGCCUACUGCAGGUUCAGAUACUCUUGCCUUUAAUUUUCGUAAUGAUCCAGGCCUCUGGUAUCUUGAUGAUGUCUUAGUAUACGCUGGAGCUGUUCAAAUGCUGAGCAAUAUACAGGUUUCGAAACUGGUUCCCUUUCGCCUUGGACAAGAACAACACCGUAUCGAUCAUGUACAAUUUUUUCCAGGUCAAGUAGCUAGUAAUUCGCCUCACAGUGGAAUUCAUGGUGUUAUUCAUGGAAGUAAUGGAUGUACCGAUGAAAUUAGCCAACAAUUAAUAGCUACAGCUGGAAAAGUCUAUAUAGAGAGUUUUUGGUUAAAAUCAGAUUCGACAGGCUCUGUCAUAUCGUGGACAGUUACUCUUUCGUAA